AUGGCCGCAGAAAACGCCGACAGCCCCGAGCCCGAGAUUCCUCAAGGUCUCUCCGAUGAAGACCGCCUGAAGGAGGCUGCCUCCGCAGCAGAGCAGGCCAUAGCAGCCCAGGGCAUGGCGAACAAACUCCGCGAGACGGCUGCGACCUUCACUGACCCGAAGAAGCGCGAGAAAAUGCUCACGGACGCCUACAAUAAAGAGAUGGAAGCCCACGGCAAUUCAAAGAAGGCACGCCUGCUGCAGAGCGGAGCCUUCCAAGGCUCCAUAGGCGGCGCUGGAAUCGGCGGCGCAGUGAGCGCAGGCGUAGGCACACUCGUAGGCACUGUAGUCGGCACCGUCACCGCGAUACCAGUGACGGGCUUGGGAGCACUGGCUGGCGCUGGCGUGGGCGCGAUACAUGGACCGUGGAUCAAGUUGGGGAAUAUGGCGAAAGGCAAGAAGGAUGACGGCGAACAAAAGGAGGUCGAGGUUUCACCGGACGACGAGGACGUUGUCCCCAACCCCGAGGUGCUCCGCCAGCGCGCCGAUGCUCUCGCUGCAGAUCGCGCAAAACAAGGCGCAGACAGCGGGUCAACCACGAAGGAGAACCGCCAGCCACCCAAGAAGAAGCCGCGGAAGCUUGAAGUACGUUCCGGAGCCCAAAAGUAG